UCUGCUGCUGCGGCUGCUGAUCGACUAAAGGAGGAGAAGAAGAGGAGGAGGAGGACGCAGACAGAGAGGGAUAGAGACACACGCACGCGCGCACAGGCAGACUAACACACAGGCCGAGCUGCUGACAGACGGACGGACCGGAGGACCGCAGCCCCGGGAGGAUGGGCCGGCGGAGUGGCCGUCGGUAGCGCUGUGUUUUCGGGCUCGGAGCUCCAGGAUGAGCGUAGCGCUGCAGGAGCUCCGGAACACCAUGUCCAGCUAUAAGCGAGCUACGCUGGAGGAGGAGGAAGUGUCAGACGCUCCAGCUGAGGCAGCAUCAUCUCCUGACAGAGUGGAGGUGGGUUUCAGGAAAGGAGGUGUAGACAUUUUUGGCCGGAGGACUCAGCUGGAGGUUGUUCUGUCGGUCCUGCUGUUAGCUGCCCUGCUGGCUCUGCUGGCUUGCCUUCUGGUCCUGGGGCUCGGGCUCAGCUCAGACAGUGGGCGUGGCCUAUGCCUCUCUGAGGCAUGUGUCACUGUGGCGAGUCAGAUGGUGGAGGCCAUGGACCGCAACGCGGACCCAUGCCAGGACUUCUACCAGUUUGCAUGUGGAGGCUGGAUGAGGAAAAACCCGCUGCCUGAUGGACGGUCACGCUGGUCCACCUUCAACAGCAUCUGGGAGCAAAACCAGGCGCUGCUCAAACACCUGCUGGAGAACGGGACGUUUAACGGCAGCAGUGAGGCCGAGAGGAAGACUCAGUCCUACUACCUGUCCUGUCUCAACACACAGAGGAUCGAGGAGCUGGGAGCACAGCCCCUCAUUGACCUCAUCGCCAAGAUCGGGGGCUGGAACAUGACCGGGCCUUGGGACAAAGAGAACUUCAUGGACGUCCUGAAGGUGGUGUCUGGUCCCUACAGAGCUCAGCCUUUCUUCAGCGUCUCUGUCAGUGCUGAUCCCAAAAACUCCAACAGCAACGUCAUCCAGGUGGACCAAUCAGGACUCUUCCUUCCAUCCAGAGACUAUUACCUCAACAAGACAGCCAAUGAGAAGGUGUUGGUGGCGUACCUGGAGUACAUGGUGGAGCUGGGGAUGCUGCUUGGCGGGGAGAGGAGCUCCACGCAGCUUCAGAUGCAGCAGAUUGUGGAGUUCGAGACGGCACUCGCCAACAUCACAGUGCCUCAGGACCAACGACGAGACGAGGAGAAGAUCUACCACAAAGUCACCAUCUCUGAGCUACAGGCGCUGGCUCCGGCCGUGGAGUGGUUGGACUACCUGACAUCGUCUCUGUCUCCGCUGGAGCUGAACGACACUGAACCCGUCGUCCUGUACGCCAGAGAAUACCUGCAGCAGGUGUCCGACCUCAUCAACAAGACGGAGCGAAGUCUGCUGAAUAACUACAUGAUGUGGACGCUGGUUCAGAAGAGCGUCGCCAGUUUAGAUCAGCGUUUUGAGAACGCCCAGGACAAACUUCUGGAGAGUCUGUACGGGACCAAGAAGUCCUGUACCCCCCGCUGGCAGACGUGCAUCGGGAACACUGAUGACACUCUGGGCUUCGCUCUGGGAGCGCUCUUCGUCAAGGCGACCUUCGACAAACACAGCAAAGAGAUCGCUGAGGAGAUGAUUAACGAGAUCCGCUCAGCAUUCAAAGACUCUCUGGACCGACUCAGCUGGAUGGACGACCUGACCAGACAGGCUGCCAAAGACAAGGCAGACGCCAUCUACGACAUGAUCGGUUUCCCAGAAUUCAUCCUGGACCCUAAAGAGCUGGACGACGUUUAUGAUGGAUAUGAGGUAUCAGACGACAGCUUUUUCCAAAAUAUGUUGAACUUCUACAACUUCUCUGCCCGAGUGAUGGCCGACCAGCUGAGGAAGACUCCCAACAAAGACCAGUGGAGUAUGACUCCUCCCACAGUUAAUGCUUACUACAUGCCCACUAAGAACGGCAUCGUCUUCCCUGCAGGGAUCCUCCAAGCACCUUUCUACGCCCACGACCACCCCAAGGCGUUGAACUUCGGUGGGAUCGGUGUUGUCAUGGGUCACGAGCUCACACACGCCUUCGAUGAUCAGGGGCGUGAGUAUGAUAAAGAAGGAAACCUGAGGCCGUGGUGGCAGAACUCAUCAGUGGAGGCGUUUCGACAGAGAACGGAGUGUAUGGUGGAUCAGUACAGUCACUACACCGUCAACGGAGAACACGUCAACGGGAAACAGACGCUAGGAGAAAACAUCGCUGACAACGGGGGAUUGAAGGCAGCGUACCAUGCCUAUCGGUCGUGGGUCCUGAAGAGCGGCGAGGAGAGGAGACUUCCUGCAGUCAACUUAACCAACGAUCAGCUCUUCUUCGUGGGAUUUGCACAGGUCUGGUGUUCAGUUCGAACUCCAGAGAGCGCUCAUGAGGGCCUGGUGACUGACCCCCACAGUCCGCCAAGAUACAGAGUCAUUGGCACCUUAGCGAACUCUCCAGACUUCAGCCGCCACUUCAACUGUCCAACAGGGACACCGAUGAACACCGGAAAGCGCUGCGAGGUCUGGUAGAAGAAGACAAAAGGACACGGUGAAGUUAGUUUAGGUCGGUCAGUUAACGUUAGCCAGGAGUGAGUUUUUUAUUCAGCAGAAAAUCUUUAGUUUGGCAGCAGCUGAGGUUGUUAUUCGCCGGCUGGUCAGUGUCUUAACUAGAGAAGCUCCGCCUCUUAGUUCAGCAGUACAGAUGAUGUUAGGAGGUGAUGGUGGUUCGUUUGGGGCGUUGAGAGUAUACUUUUAGUUUCAUACAGUAAAUAUAAAUCUGUUCAGUAGAGACGAUCAGACAGACGUCCUGUCUGAAAGUGAAACGGACUCAUGGACUUCACAGGGAGACAAGAAGGACUAAUGAUGAUGAUGAUGAUGAAGACUGUGAUGAAGCCACAUGGGACAAUGUUGCGAAUUUGUGCUUUGUCAUCACUUUAUUAUUAUUAUUAUUAUUAGUAUUAUUUAUGGGCUUUGGUUGGAGGGUGUGAAAGUGUGUAUGCAUGUGUUUGUUGAAUGUUGAAUGAAAGAGUGCUCUCUCUCUCUCUCUCUCUCUCUCUCUCUUCCUGAUGACAUCACUGUGAUGACCUCACAUAGAUUUAAGAUAUUACAUCAUCAUUUACGGACGUUUCCUGAAGUACCGCUCAGAUGAAUCUUCACUUGUGUCUGCAUGCUAAACAUUUGUUACUAAACACUGAAACAUACAGUAUGUACUGCAUGCUAGGCUAAAGUUAGCUUAGCGUGCAGUAGCCGUUCCACUAUACUUAAAAGCCUGUCAUACCUGAAUCACAUGACUUUAUCCUUUACAUAUCUCCAGUGUGAGCUUCAUCGGCUAAGUAAGCAACAACCUAGCAUGACUGUCGGUCCAACAACAGCAAAACCACGUUCUUUUUUAAUAGCUAUAAAGUUAUUUGUUAUUUUUUGUUCUGUAACACUAAAGCAUAUCACUGUAUAAUUACUUUUAUUUUUAUACUGCUCGUUGGCUGGUAAGAUCUGCUGUUAGAUAGCCUGAGAGCUGCAGUGCAUUGUAGGGCAGUUUAGCACAGCCAGUUCCAAACUUAACGUUUACAUCCAGGGAUUCCUCAUGUACACAAGAAUUUCAUACUAUGAGUUUGUAUCCUCCUUCAUCCCCAAUAUUAGGUCACCUUUAGUACUUUUAGUAUUAAAGUUUGCUUUUUAGGAAACUCUAAGUUUUCCAUGCAGGGUCUUGAAGUGUAAAUUCUUCAGUUUAAUCCAGAUUUAGGUUGAAUGACUUGAACAUUCAUUAGUUAUGCUACAUCUAAGGCUUCUUUGGACUAUAUGUGUUGGAUCUGUGCCACAUUUAGUGGAAAAGAAACAUAAAUAUUUAAAAAUGCAUGAAAAACAUUGAUCAUUUUUGAAAAAUCAGAGGUAUUGAUAUCCUCCAUCCUCCUAUCCAGGGCCAGGUUUAAUAUUCUCUGGUCAGUUUCUCUACUUAAAGGUACAAUGUGUAGAAUUUGGCUGCAUUUUGCCAAACAGAAACAGUGUACAUGGGAUAUAAUGUUUAUAUAUCUAUGUGAAGUAUGUUAAAAUAAGUGCACAAUCAUCCC